CUAACUGUUGAUAUGCUUGAACAGGAGCGUCAUUGACAGCUGUACGAUUUCGCACCUGGAAUUGUUUUACCCUUGUUUUCAAUACUUUCUUGUAUGCCGAUAACAUUCAACGCAUAAAAUGUAGCUUUUAGUCAGUCGCGAACGUGUCGCGAUCGAAUUUGCAAAUACAAAUUAGCUUGCGAGUCUAACGUUAACUUAUAUGAAUAGCAGGCAAGCUAGCUAGCAUUAACUACGGAUAGCUAACUAUAAGAAGCCUGUCCAGGUUGAAGUGGCCGUAAGCAAACUUCCUCUGUCAUAUCCAGCAUACACUGGCUGCUGUUUGUAACUUGUGUUCAAGUAUGGGCUGACAAGAGCUUGUGUCGCAGUCAGAUACUUUCUGCCGUUGUGCCUGUGAAAUGACCUGACUGCCAGCCCUCGGCCACAUCGGAUUACAAGAAUGGCAAGGAUAGCGUGGUAUCAGGAGAAGAUUGGUGCCUAUGACCAACAAAUAUGGGAGAAAUCUCUGGAACAAGCUGAACUAAAGGGUAUUCACAACAAACCCAAGAAGACGGGACACAUCAAGCCUGAUCUCAUUGAUGUCGACCUAGUGCGAGGCUCCACGUUCAAUAAAGCCAAGCCGGUGAGACAGUGGACAGCCCUGACCCGGAAGGGCCUUGUGCGGGUUCUGCUCUUCCCUUUCUUCUUCCAAUGGUGGAUCCAGGUCACCUCCAGGUGCAUCUCCGCCUGGAUCCUCGUCCUGUACAUCCUGCAAGUGGCAGCUGUGGUCAUGUACCUGGAGGUGCCGGUGGCCAGUGCGAGUGAGGUGGCGGUGCCCGUGUUCCUGAUGCUGCUGCUGGGCACGGUGCACUGCCAGAUCGUUUCCACCGAGUCCUGCAGGAGCCUACAGCCCAGCCCCCUCUCCAGCAGAGCCACCAGCCCCGUCAGGAGGAAGAGACAGAGAAAGAGCAAGGCACCAAAGAAAGUAGAGGAUCAUGGGAAUGGAACAGACUUAAGACCAAUGCCCUGGCAACAGGAUGAGAAGCAGAGACUCCUGAAGACUGAGAAGAGACGGAGCCCCCUGAGGAAGUCUAUAUAUGGGCUCUCUGAGGAGAUCUCUAGUGACGAGGAGGAGAAGGAGGACCGGGAGGGAGCUGGACACUUUCACCAGCCUCCCAGAGAAAGACCCGUUUCCACGGUGGGACCCAAACCCACCUCCAUACUCCGGAAGAGGAUCAGGAGCCCGGCAAAGAGCCCCUUACCCCCUCAGAUUCAGCCUCAGGAUGAAAGCAAGACUGUAACCAUGGUUGCGGGCGCGAAACCGGCAGAGGUGGCGCAUCUCAUCAACUCCGUAGGCUCGCAGGCGGCGUCCGACACAGAUGACAUGCUGUGGGAGGAGCUUCUGCAGUGCCCUGACUCCGCCUCUUCAGGAAGUAGUGACAGCGAGGAGGAAGGCCGCCACACUCACAACCACUCCCUGCCUCCGGCCCAUGGGCUCAGCAGCGACGAGGAGACAUUCCCGCAUCAGAAUAAUCUGGCGUGGCUGCAGGCGUGCCACCCGUCCAAAGACCGCGUGAGCGCCAUCUUCUGGGAGCAGGGCGACUGCAAAAAGGCCGACAUGUCCGUGCUGGAGAUCAGUGGCAUCAUCCUCACACGGGUGAAGGCGGCAGAGCAGGGCAUGGGCUACCUGCUGCUGGGCGGACUGGUGACGGCCACGCUGGCCCUGCUGCCCUUCUGCUUCCGGCUGGCACAGCGACUGGAGGUGGCGCGGCUGGGCUCGCUGGGCGCUGGCGAGCUGCUGGCCAUGGUCCUGGGGCCGCCCAGCGCCUGCUCCUACGCCUUCUUCCUCAUAAGCACGCUGGAGCGCGUCUGCCUCACUGGCCUCUUCUUCUUCAUGACCUGCGUCGCUGAGAGGACCUACAAACAGAGACUUGUCUUUGCGAAGUUCUUCAGCCACCUGACGUCAGCACGCAAGGCCAAGAAGUCUGAGAUCCCUCACUUCAGACUGAAGAAGGUGCAGAACAUCAAGAUGUGGCUGUCAUUACGCUCAUUCCUAAAGAGGCGAGGGCCCCAGCGUUCGGUCGACGUCAUCGUGUCCUCCAUCUUCUUCCUUGCUCUGUCUAUCGCCUUCAUCUGUUGUGCUCAGCUUCUUCAUAGCCACCACACAUUCCUGGACUCUGAGACCAACUGGGAGCUGAUGAUCUGGGGCUCCGCCCUUAUCUUCUUCCUGCUGCGCCUGGCCGCGUUGGGCGCCGAGACCAACCGCAAGUACAGCAACGCAUCGGUGCUUCUCACGGAACAGAUAAACUUGUAUCUUAAGAUGGAGAAGAAGCCCAACAAGAAAGAUGAAUUGAACAUUGUUAAUAAUGUUCUGAAGCUGGCCACAAAGCUCAUGAAAGAGCUGGACACUCCUUUCCGGCUGCUGGGCCUGACGGUGAAUCCUCUCGUUUACAACAUCACCCGAGUGGUCAUUCUGUCUGCCAUUUCAGCUGUGGUCAGCGACCUGCUGGGCUUCAACAUCAGAUUAUGGAAGAUAAAGCCCUGAUGUGAACCCAAACCUUUGAGCAUUUGGACCCUGAAGACUACGCAACCUCGGGUUAUGCACCUUCUGUCUGGACGUCUACCCAGACCUUCAGUCAGCCCUCUUGGCAAUUAUGUGCAAAUCUACUGACCAAAACCCCUGCAUCGGUCUGCCUCCGCUGGAGUGAUCAGGAGGCUUUUAAAAUGUUUCUUUUCCUUUAUGCACACAUAUGAGGCAUUAUAUCGGGCGUGCUCACGUCUGACCUGUGAACCCUGACCCCUUGACCCCUUGACUCCUGUGUGGAUUGGUUCACCAGGCUUCUGCAAUUCCGCACAGAAACAAAAAAGAAAAAGCCUGGCUUUCCCCAUAACCACUUAAGUGCCUUCUAAACUUUGAAAGAGAAUAUCCUGUCAGUUACAUUUCACAGGUGGGUGGAUGUGUGAUGUGAGGUGAACGCCACAGACGGCAGAAUGGACUGUGCUCAGAGUGACCAAUUAUUAGAUGAUUUGUGAAAGCGUUUUUGUAAUAUAUAUGAGGUGAUGAAUUGUUCUGUGAAAAUACUGUAUAUUUCAUAUCAUUCCUCUCUGCAGAGGACUGCGAGUUAAGCCACUAAAGAGUAAAUGUGAGUACAGAAAAUCAUAGUGAAAUCUUUUGUGAAAUCUGUUCUAAUAAUGAUACUGGACUUUAAGCUUGGAGAUGAAAGUGCUGAAUUCAACCAAUACCCCUUUAACUGCAUUCUACAAUAAAAGACUAUUUGGAUAAAAUGAAAAA